UGGCGGCUUACAUUACAGACUUGUGUGCGUAAAUAAAUCGUGCCAUUUUUUUCGAAAUUUUGGACAUUCUCAAAACAGUCCAUGAUAUUGGAUAUCACAGUCAGAAUCAAUGUCAAAUGUUAUUUUAAUCCAUUAUCCCGGGCAACGUUGUGUAAAUGCAGCUGUGCCUAAUUGAUAUCAGCUGACUGGAUUGACUGUGUGGUAUGCAUUGUAUUAACUAUGGACGACUCAUCUGAUACGGAACUGAAUUCAGUCAAUGAAACCAGCAACCAUGAUGCAGAAGAAUCUACGGUCUCCCAUAAAAGAGCGAUGGAGAUAUUCAAUGAUGGAAUGAAAGAAAUACUACAAGACCCAUUAUUGAGCGACUUACCAUUGGACGUCACAGAGGAGGAAAUUAAUCAUCAAAUUGCACUGGAAUAUGGACAGGCAUUGACAGUGAAAGUCCGUAAACAAAAUGGUGAAGUCAUACCCGUAGUCGUUCUUCAGGGGGCCACAGUACGUGAUUUGAGAAAUGCAAUAAAAAGGCAUUUCACUAUGAAACUUGAAAGAGAAGGUGGGAAUAAGUUCAUCAGCUGGCGAUAUAUAUGGAAGACUUACUGGCUUUGUUUUGAAGAAGAAAAACUAACUGAAAUCAAUAAAAAGAUAAAAGAUUAUGGUAUCAGGAACCGAGAUGAAGUGACUUUUGUUAAGAGAUAUCGAAUACAAUAGAAAUCUGACUCGAGAUGUUCCUUUCAUAAUGUAAACACUGGAAAAUUCUCAUUGACUAUAAUAAGUAUAGAAAGAAAAUGUUGACAGAAAUCUGUGCAAGAAACACGAGAUUCAGAUAUAUCAUAAGAUUUUAUUUCCAAACUGCAUCUAACAAAAUAUACACAUAUACACUUCAAUACAAUUUUACAAUUACUAAACAAAAAAAUGGCCGCUUACAUUCUGGCGUUUAUCAUAGCCAUAUUUGAAUUAGAAAAAUUCAGUGGCACUAUAAAAGUCACAUUACCUGUUCCAUAGUGUGCAAUACAUUCUAGCUUGAGAAGGAUUAAUAUAUAAUUCAUUUCUAAAAAAAUAGUAUCAUUUGUUGAUGACUUUUGACAUACAGUACCAGUUUUAUUCCCCCUAGCUCAUUCCAUAAUUCGUAUGAAUAGAAGUACAUUGUUUUUAAAGAUGAAAUUAUAUGUAAACAUGUAUAUGAAUGUUCAAAGUACAUGAUGGUAACUAAGUUUGUAAUCUCAAAGUAAGUGAAAUAAAUAAUUUUUUGUAAACUAAAA